AAUUAGCCUAACAAUAACAGGUAUCGCUUGAGUCACUGAAAGCAAGUGCUAGUCGUGGUUGACUUGUACGAAUAAGAUGGCUACUAGCGAAGGAGAUGGUAAUGAUUCGCAAUGUCCAAUGUUAAGCAAAACAUUGUCAGGUCCAUCACAAAGCCUUCUGUUUGGAAACCUUUUGCAAAUUGAUGCGAACACGCACUUGUCUUGGACUAAAUGGAGCAAGGAGUUCGGAUCUAUUUAUAAAGUAAGUUUUGGGCCGAUGGGGAAUGCUGUCGUAUUUAGUGGUGUUAAUGAGCUUGCGGCUGCCUUCGAGCCUGAGUCAGAAAAUGACAAUACAUUCAGUGAUAGAUGGAGACCUCCUGUACUGGAAAAGAUCGGAUACGCAGGAAGCAUCUCAUGGGAAAACUGGUUAGAGGGUGCGAAACAGAGGAAGCAUCUCAUGAAAGAAGUUUUCAGAAGCAUGGACAUCGAAGGACUGCUGAAGAAAGAGGUGGAUGCAGUCUGCGACGUGCUUAGUAACAAGGAACAAGUCGACGUGUGUGAACUCCUGAAUCAAGCUAACAACAACAUCCUUCUGUCGCUCACUCUCAACCGAGGAGAUCGUUAUGAGUACAACGAUGAUGAAUUCAAAAUACUAUCAGAGGUCAUUACGUCAAAUCACAACCGACCAGUCAUAGCAAGCCCCAUGAAUUACGUCCAGUGUCUCUGGCACACGCCUCUAUACAAUACAAUGCGCAGAAAUUAUAAAUGUUUGAAAAGUACAUUACAACCGUACAUCGACUCACAUCGUGCUGACUUCGACAGUGAAAAUAUCCGUGAUCUCAUAGAUGGCUAUCUGGGAGGAAUUGAAGAAACAUCGUUUGAUGUGCAAGAGGCUAUCGACCACAUUAAAUUUCUUUUUCCACCUGCAUGUUCGCUGAGGGUUGCAAUGCAGUGGGUUAUACUGUUCGUAACACGUAAUGACGACGUUCAAAAAAAGAUCCAAGAAGAGAUUGACCAAGUUUUGACCGAUGCUGAUGAGGUGAAUGAUGAAGUUGUGACUAAUAAGAUGCCAUAUAUCAACGCAGUGAUCAAGGAAUCUCUACGACUAGCCACUCCAGUAGUUCAACUAAUUCCACAUUGUGCAAUCAAGGAUACGAACUUCAAGGGCUAUGAAAUCAAGAAAGAUACCAUUAUUAUUCCAAAUCUUUGGGGACCAAAUCAUGAUCCAGAAAACUGGGUGGAUCCAUUUGUUUUUAAACCCGAUCGAUGGUUGAACGUGGAUAACUUACCACCAGGUUUUAUGCCGUUUGGGUCAGGAUUGAGGAAGUGUGACGGAUACUUGAUGUCUAUGACAGCUCUGCGCAUACUCACUGCCACCGUUUUCAAGAGGUUUCAUCUUAAGGGUGUCGAGGGGGAGAAACUGCCGUCACUGGAAGAUAGCUUCAUGCUUGUUGGUUGUAAUCAUCCGAACCACUUCAACGUCAUUGCCACAAAUAGACAUUAAACAUUUCAUGUUCUCACUUGCUUAGUUUAAUUUUUGUAAUUUUUAAAUAUACUUUACGCGGAUAGAGCGUACACUUUAUAACGGUGUAAGAUCGUAUUAUUGUAUUCACGUAUAUUUCUAAGAGUUAUAACAUCACCUUUAACUUUCUGGUAAACGGAAGCAAUGGGGCACAUUAUUGUGGAAGUAACAUCCGGCAUAUUAUGCCUUUUAACGAUGCAAAUACGGAACUGAACAUCUUUAGAAAGAAAAACUUACACCCCCGGUCCGUCGAUGAACCUGGAGUUGGAUCCACGGACCUGGUUUGUGACUUAGUAGGAAAUUGUCAAUGUUAACUAAUGUUUUUCAUUUUAUUCAUAAGAUUAAUUGGUUUAUAGGAAGAUAUUGUAUUAUUAUAUAGGCCUAGGCCUACUGAACCAUUGAAUUAUACGUAAAACUAACCCUAAGCGGAUUAAGAAUAAAGUCCACAAAUGAGAAUAUA